UUUACACGCUGGGCGAUUUAUUCAGCCAAUACGUGUUUGGAAACGGGGCGGGAUCAGCGUUACCAAGGCUUGUUCGACGUCAAGUAUAAAGGGAAUAUCAUGGUGCCCAAGUGGCCACGAAUGUUUACGUUAAGAAAAGACAACGAAAAGACGAGGCUCGGUGACGAACAAAGCUCAAGAAACGACCUUAUGAGCGCCGAGCACCCCUACAACAAGAAUUCACUUUAGGCCUUGUAAUGUGAAUGCCUCUCCACUAAUGAGACACUUUUACCAAUGGAAAGGGGGUUUCAGUUAGGAAACGUGGGCAUUUCUCUGGUGCUCCUGCUGUUGCUUCGAGCUCUGACUGGGACUUUUGCGAGUCAAAUACCCAUCGAGAAAGACCCCGACACGACCCCAGACCGGACGGACGAUGGACUUAUGGAGCAGCGGGCCCUGGAAAGUGUCACCGCUUCGGGUUAUGGAGACGUGACUAUCGAAGAUGACGAGAAUGGGGCGAAUGGGGAGAACGACGAGGUACCUGGGGACAACGAUGGAAACAGCCACCAAAGGUUUCUGGUGGUCAUCAGUACGCUGGAUGGCCGCAUCUCGGCGCUGGACCCCCAUAACCAGGGCCUGAAGCAGUGGGACCUGGACGUGGGCUCAGGAUGCCUGGUCUCCUCCAGCCUCAGCAAACCAGAGGUGUUUGGCAAUAAGGUCAUCAUCCCGUCUCUGGAUGGGGCGUUGUUCCAGUGGAACCGUGACAGUGAGAGCGGCGGGGCCGUGGAGGCGGUGCCCUUCAGCGUGGAGUCUCUGCUGGACUCCUCCUACCGCUACGGGGAUGACACCGUGUUGGUGGGGGGCAAGUCCCUCACCACCUACGGCCUGGGGGCCUACAGCGGAAAGCUGCAGUAUAUCUGCUCUGCGGUGGGCUGUAGUCGCUGGGGAGGGGAAGAGGCGGAGCCAGAGGACGUGCUGCUGCUCCAGAGGACCCAGAAGACAGUCAGGGCCGUCCGGCCACGCAGCGGCAUCGAGAAGUGGAACUUCAGUGUGGGCACGUUCGAGCUGAAGUUCCUUCCAGAGACCCAGUCGGGCAUGAACUUCUUGGAGGCGGAGCCACCGGUGGGGGAGACGCUGAGGAACAAGCGGGUGCUGAUCGACGAGGGCGAGGCCCACGGCCACGGCCACGGCACCACGGAGCCCCUGGACCUGGUCAUCAAGGUGUCCGUGCCCGACUGGAAGGUCAUGGCCUUCAGCACCAAGCUGGGUGGACAGCUCAUCUGGGAACACCAGUUCUGUACCCCGAUCGCUGCCGCCUGGCUGGUGGGAGGGGGCAAGGUGACGCCCAUCAGCCUGUUUGACGACACGGCGUACAGCAACCACAACCAAGAGGAGAAGGAGGAGGACGAGGACAUUAUGGAGAAGGAACACGACGACAACGAGAGCAGUGUAUAUCUGGGUAUGUUUCAGGGCCAGUUGUACCUGCAGUCCUCUGUGAUGAUCUCUGAGAAGUUCCCCUCCAAAACCAAAGCUCUCGUCCAGAGAGACCUCACUCCCCAGCCCAGGGUCAAAUGGAAACCCCUCAUAAACUCCCCCUCUCGAACCCCAGUGCUGGUGCCCUCGGAGGAGUUUCAGAAGUGUCUGAAUAACGAUCGCUUCUCCUACGAGGAGUACAGCAAUGGAGCGCUGUCCGUGCUGCAGUAUCCCUAUGAUAAUGGGUACUACCCGUACAGCGCGCGCUACCGUGGGCGUCGGGAGGUGGUGGUGUCGGAGCUGGGUCAGCGUGGCGAGGGUGGCGUGGCGGGGGGCGGCCGGCGUAAGGACCCGGGGAUGCUGCUCCCCUGGUGGAAGGAGAUCCUGGGCACCAUCUUCUUCUGCAUUGCCGCCACCACCUACAUCGUCCGCAAGUUCUUCCACCCCAACCCCCCCACCACCACCGCACGGCAGAGGAAGGAAUCUGAGACUCAGUGUCAGACUGACAGCAAGUUUGAUCUGGAUGAGCCCGAACCCAAAGAGGUGGUUGUCACGGAGACGCGCCCCAGUGAAUACGUAUCCAGGUACCUGACUGACUUUGAGCCGCUGCAGUGCCUUGGGCGAGGGGGUUUCGGGGUGGUGUUUGAAGCCCGAAACAAAGUGGACGACUGCCACUACGCUAUCAAGAGAAUCAGGCUGCCCAACAGGGAGGUGGCUCGUGAGAAGGUGAUGCGUGAGGUGAAGGCGCUGGCCAAGCUGGAGCACCCGGGCAUCAUCCGCUACUUUAACGCCUGGCAGGAGAGCCCCCCACAGGGCUGGCAGGAGGACAUGGACACACGCUGGCUCAAAGACGAGAGUGUUGCCGACUGGCCCCUGAGUUCCCCUGAACACCCUGAGCACAUGCUGGAGCCCGUGUCUGUGAAGGUGCCUGUGUGGAGCUCCUCGGAGCGCUCUGACCCGCUGUGCGUGUGUGUGGAGGGGGGCCCUGGCGGGGACGCCACCAACCACAGCCACAGCCUCAGCCUCAGCCUCAGCCACAGUCUUCUGAAUCUGCACGACAAACAGCAGGCCAGAGACAGCCUCAUGUCCGAGCACGAGCACACCCACACCAACACGCACGACCCCGAGGCCGAGGACCACGACCUGGAUCUGGACCCCGACUGCUCCUUUGAGCUGUGCCCGCCCCGCUCCAUCGCCAUCCCAUGUGGAGUCGGCGGUGGCAUUGGUGCCGGAGAUUGCACCUCCUCGUCCUUCGACAUCGUCUUCGAGGACUCGGGGUGUCACGAUAACCGUGAGGAGGACGAGGAUCAUGAGGAGGACUCUCAUAGGAACCGCCCCGGAGUGGUGAACCAGGGGACGUCCACCUCCACCAUACCCAGCGAUAAAGCGCCGUCCUCCUCCUCUGCCGCCACGUCUGCUGCUGGGUCAGCCAACCAGCAGCUGCAGCAACACUCGCGCGGCUGCCCCGCGUCCACCUCGCCGCCCCGGCCCUCCUCCCUCGCUCUCAGGCCCUCCACACCCCCCUCAGCAGCAGCCUGCCGGCCCCUGGCCACACCAAAGGUCUACCUGUACAUCCAGAUGCAGCUGUGUCGUAAGGAGAACCUGAAGGACUGGAUGGGCCAGCGGGGGGCGCCAGAGCUGCGCGAACACAGCGAGUGCCUCAACAUCUUCCUGCAGAUCGCAGAGGCCGUCGAGUUUCUACACAGCAAGGGCCUCAUGCACAGAGACCUCAAGCCGUCCAACAUCUUCUUCACCAUGGAUGACGUGGUGAAGGUGGGCGAUUUCGGCCUGGUGACUGCUAUGGACCAGGAAGAGGAGGACCAGGAGGAGAUGAGCGCCCUCACGCCCAUGCCCGUCUACGCCCGCCACACUGGGCAGGUGGGCACCAAGCUCUACAUGAGCCCUGAACAGUUAUCAGGCAACUCGUACUCCCACAAGGUGGAUAUUUACUCUCUGGGCCUGAUCCUGUUUGAGCUGCUCUGCCCGUUCCGCACCCAGAUGGAGAGAGUCCGGACUCUGACGGACGUGAGGUCCCUCCAGUUUCCAGCCUCCUUCACCAAGAAUAACGUCGAGGAGGAGGAGAUGGUGCGCUCCAUGCUAUCCCCCAACCCUGCGGCGCGUCCCGAGGCUUCUGACAUCACCGAGGCGCCCCUCCUGAACGACUUCGAGCUGCCCUGCCGCAUACGCCAGCGCUCACGCACCUACAGCGCCUCCUCAGCAGGACGACCCUCACGAUCAUCACACUCUUAAAGACAUGGACAUACACACACACACACACACACACACACACACACACACACACACACACACACACACACACACACACACACACACACAGUGCUUCCUUAAAGACACACACACACACACACACACAUACACACACACACACAUACACACACACAAAAACGCACACACAGACACAUGUACACACACCUACACACAUGUACAUUUCAUUGAGCAGCCCUGGUGGCUGCAAUCCCUAAGUCGCUUCACCUGUGCGCACAUGACCUGAUGGAAAACUGACAAACACCUAAAGACAUUAUCGUACACAUGCACACACACUCAUAGUACACAUACAUACACACACACACACACAAAGACUAAGACCCUUCUUCAGACAGACCGCCUUUGAUUGCUGUGGCCCCCCUCUUCUCUGGGGGAAGCUGCGGGGUGUGAAGUCCAUAUUUCUGCCUGCAUGAGGAAAGUCAGGAGACAUCUCUCUCUCUCCUGUCUGUCUAUCUGUCUGACGAUCUCUUCAUCCCCCUCUCCUCCUCCAUUUUUUUUCUUAGCUUUUUAGAAACUCUCACUCAGCAAAUUUAUGCUGAUACAGAUGAACGAGGAACCAUUUUUUUCUACUUUUCUCUUUCUUCUUACUGUAAAUAUUUUGACGACGAACACCCACCUAAUCCACACACAGACACAAGCACGCAUACUACAUGCCAUAUGCUCACAGAAAACACACGUAUGACAUGUACACACACACACGCCACAGCUGAGCAGACAUGCGAGUCUGUCUGUCUGUCUGUGUGAGGUGUGAGAUGCCUUGGAACAGACUGAGAUGUAUAGGCGGAAGAAGGGAGACGAUACCCUGUAGACUGGAAGAGGUGAAGACCUUCUCUCCUUCCCAUCAGGACCAGUGAGGAGUGUGCUCUCCGUUCAACUUGGAUGGGAUGUAUGACUGUGUGUGUGUGUGUGUGUGUGUGUGUAUGAGCAAGUAAAUGAUUGUAUGUGAUUGUGUGUGUGAGAGAGGGAGACGUGCGUUCACCAAACGGAGUGUGUGACCGUGAGGACACACCGUAAAGUUGUAGGAACCGGAGUGUUUAUUUGUUUUGUUUUCUUUUUCUUCUUAGAAAAUGGAGGCAGUGUAGGAGUUAAUCACUAUGGUGAGAAGUUUUAAUGCCUUCAGACAAUGUGUAUUCAAGUGAUCGGUGUGAGAUCGAGAGAGUGUGUGUGUGUGAAUGAUUGAGUGAGUGAGUGCAUGAUGGACUGCAUUUUUGCAUUUGUGGACUGUGUGUGUGUGUGUGUGUGCCUGUGUGUGUGUGCCUGUGUGUGUGUGCCUGUGUGUGUGUGCGUGCGCGCUGAUGUAGUGGCAUUACUUGGGGAUCAGGACCGAAGAUCACAUCAGCUACCAAAUAUCAAAGCUGCCCUUAAAUUGUGAAUAACAGAAAGUAAUUACUGUACGUUUUUUUUAAUAACCUAGAGCAUUCUUUCAUGAAGGCAGUUGAAAUGUUUUUGCAAACUGCGAAAAAAAAAGAAAUCUUAUUUUCCUGAGAUGUGAUUUCUUAUCAAAAAUGUGUUGACGCUCAGAUAACCAGAUGAAGUGAGAGCGGUUCACGAACGUGACACCUGCAGAUCAGGAUGAACUGUGUAAAUUAGGUGUUAGAGUGUGUGUGUGUCCACAAACUGUGACCAAGAGCCAUGUAAGCCCUGGCAGUACAGAGGUGCGUUUCUCGAAAGCAUAGUUGUUAGCCAGUUAGCAACUUGGGUUGUUGUCAAUGGGAAAUUGCAUUGCAAACAACAAAGUAGCUAAUAUAGUUAGCCAAUAUGGUUUCGAAAAAUGCACCCCAGGCCUCCUGUUUACAGCAGUGUAAAUCCCUUCAAAACACACUUAUUAACUUAAUAAUAACCAUACUACACACUCACUUCAAACCAUCUGUGCUACUUGCUCACGGGACAAAGUGCUCACAAAACCUCACCAUACAAUAGUAUCCUAGAGUAUCGAACAAAAAAAAGAAGCAAAAAACAAUCACAGUAUAUCACAGUGUCUCCGCAUCUCGCUUUUCUUAAAAAUAUUUACACACUUCUGACAGUUUAUUGAAUACCCUUCAUAUCUUUUGCAAAAGAUAACAGUUAUGGUUGGGUUUUUUGUUUUGUUUUGUUGGGUUUUCCCCUGCCUGGACUUUUUCAGAGACGGGUUCUUUAUAGGAUGAAAAUGUGUAAUUGAAGUUCAAAAGUAGUUCAGCUGAUCUCUCUCUGUCCACUUUCCAGAUCACGCCAAGACCAGUGCAACGUCCUCAAUAUAUCGGCCUCUCCUCUCCUUAAACUUAACACGAUUGUUGUGUCCUUUGGGGCUCCGUUCUUCCGGAUUUUUCUCCCCCCUCUCCCCUUUUUUUCUCUAUUUCCUUGUAAAUAUGUUUAUUUGUUUCUAUUUAUGUUUGUUGCAGAAAUCAAUCCUGUGGGGUUGGUGGUUUAUAAAUAUUAAACAAAAAAAAUUAUAUGAAUGUGUUUCAGACACUGGAGCGCAUUGGAAUAUUGUGACUUCUGACAAGUCAGGAUUUAAUAAUAAAAACGUUCUAUGACAUUUGUACAUA